AAGAUGUCCAAAUCCUCACCCCGUCUUGGUCGACCUGGAUCAGCAGGGUCCAAGAGCCCUAGCUUGAGGAAGGAGCCGCAGGGUAACCGUUCAUGCAUGCUGCGCAUCGGAGAGAGGCUGAUGAGGGCGGGCAGUGAGGGAAACCUGAUCCAGAGACCUAUACCAGCCCAGAGCCAGAGCCAGAGCCAGAGCCAGGCUUCCUCUGCUGGGUUAGGACAAGGACCAAAUGGGAAAAGCCACCCUGUAGCCCUGGAGGACAAAGCCACUGGGCGUACAGGGAACAACUCCAGCAAAGGUAAACCGGAAGACCCAGGAAACUCCCCAUCCAGAGGCUCUUCUUCUUCUUCCUCUUCUGCUGUGGACAGCAGCACUGAGCGUCUGCUGCAGAAGAAACAACACACUAACAACAGCCUGCUCUGCAACCCAGACUUUGCGUCCUAUGGUUCAGCUCCACGUUCUCCCAGCACCUUACCCCGGAGCUACGCUGCCAGCAGCAGGAGGGACGAGCUGGACAGCCUGAUAAUGCAGCACUCUGAGGUGGAGCGGAAGAAGGAGGUGUUCCUGGACCACCUGAGACAGAAGUACCCUCACCAUGCUGCAAUUAUCAUGGGACAGCAAGAACGCAUCCGGGAACAGGUGAGGAGCCCCCGGCCCUCUGAAAGCCCCCCCUGUGCAGGUGUGCUGGGCUUGGCAGAGCAACAGGACCCUCUGGCUGCAGAGACCAUGUCUGAAGGAGAGGUGCUGCCCCCCGCAGUCCCCUUUACAAGGGGCUGUAGAGCACGAGCAAGCCUACCCGUAGGCCGCUCGAGUGGUCAGACAAGAGAGAGGUCACUUGGUGUGCUGUACCUGCAGUAUGGAGAGGAGACAAAGCAGGUCCGGAUGCCUGGAGAGAUGGACAGUCACGAUGCUCUGCUGGCUCUGUUUGUCACCGCCUUCCCCCAGCAGCUCACCAUGAAGAUGCUGCAGUCUCCCAACAUGGCCAUCUACAUCAAAGACACCAGCCGCAACGUCUACUACGACCUGGAGGACAUCAGAAACAUCACAUCACACUCCUGUCUGAAGGUUUAUCAUAAAGAUCCGGCACACGCUUUUAACCACCACUCCAGACCUGCCAACACAGAGGGAAGGAUAUCCAAAGAGGUGUUGUAUGGUAACCACAGUCCAGUCCACAGCCUGUCAUCAUCCAGCCGUAGCACCCUGCACAGCCUGCAGGGCUCCAUGUCUCCACCCAUGGUACGCUCCAUGCCCUCCUCUCCCUCCAGGAUGGCCUAUGGUGGGGGGAGCACACGAGGGGCAGCAGCGAUGGUGGAUCCAGGCAGCGCCACGUUGCCGAGGGAACGGCUGUCGGGGGCGGGGCGGUCCAGCUCCCUCUGUACUAGCAGCAGUGCCAUUCUGGAGAGGAGAGACGUCAAGCCUGAUGAGGAUGUUGUCACCAGUAAGAGCAUGGCCCUGGUGGUACGGGGUGAAGGAGGACCACAUUACCCAGACUCCUACUGCUCCUCCGUCCAGGAUGGAGCAGGAGGUCGCCUCAGCAUCACCUCCUCCCAGUGCAGCGCUCCCCCCUCUCUAUCUGCUGACAUGGUGGAUGCUGGAGUCGCAGGGCUUCCUGGAGGACUGCAGCAGUACCGGGCUUCCAUUAAACCCCUGAUGGGCUACGGGGAGAGCAUGGAGCACCAGACUCGCUCCCUCCACAGACAGAAAAGCAGGAAAUAUGGUGACAGCCAGCUUCCUCCUUUGGGAACCAAAACCCCACCCCCCUCCCCUCACAGAGUGAAUGAAGUCAGGAUGAUUGACAGACAGAUCAUUGGAGGGGUGGGUCUAGUGUCUCCAGAGAGGAUGUCCCCGAUUCGUCGGUCCCUGCGGCGGGACAGUGAUGGGGCCACAGUGGAAAUGGUAAACAGAAGCAGAGGAAGCGGCUCAUCGUCCUCUACCUCAUCUGUGUUUCUGGACAGCCCUCUGGGACAAGCUGAAAGACUUUUUCAGGGUCACAUGACUCCGAGCAACGCCCAAAAUGACAGAAUGAAAGCCAUGGAAGAGCAGAUAGCCAGUCUAGCAGGGCUUGUGCACCAUGCUCUGUCUGUUGGACCAGAUCCUCCAGGAGUUAAAGACCCUGUCAGUGAGAAUGGAGGGCGGAAACUUAGCAGAAGCAGACCUGGCAUUCUGUCCGAGGCCCAGGACCUGAUUGACAGCUCUUGCGAUGCCCCUCUGGCUCUGGAGGCCCCUCCCUCUGACGGUGGGCUGCAGCAGAGCUUGGUGUUAGCUAAGAGAAACGUGUCUGAGCUGAGACUGCAACUCAACCAACUGAGACAGUUACAGCUGUCAAACCAGGAGGCCGUGAGUUCAAUGCUCCGUAUGGCAGGUCAGGAGCUGGUGGUGUUAAUGUGUGACCGGUUGGCUCAGUCUGAGGAGGCAGCGUACAGGCGGAGAGCUGAGAUGGAGGAGGAGAGGAUCCUCUACCUGGCUACAGAGGAGAGAAUCCUCAUGCAGCUCAGUGAGCUAGAGGACUAUGUGAACUGUUUGCAAAGAAGCUCUUCCUCCUGUCCCAGCCAGCUGUCAAUCAGUCUGAGAGACGUGGAGGAGGGAGCCGUCAACUUGAGGAGGGUCGGAGAAGCUCUUGCCAUCCUCAAAGGUGAGUUUCCAGAGCUGCAGGUGAAGAUGCGUACGAUACUGAGGUUGGAGGUGGAGGCGGUGCGUUUCUUGAAGGAGGAGCCUCAUAAGAUGGACUCCAUGUUGAAGAGGGUCAAAGCUCUGACUGAAGCCCUCAGCUCUCUGCGCAGGUAUGUGUCAGAGUCAACACCUCCAGCCAGAUCAGCACAAGUAGAUCCUCCAAAAGUCCUGGAGACAGUCCAGGACCCCCUGAAGUCCCAUAGCCCACAUAGCUCCCCUAAACCCCAGCCUCGAUCAUCUGUCAGACCCCCUCAGUCCACUCCAUCCUCCUCCUCUGAGGUGGACCUGACCGGCUCAGCCUCCCCAAUCAUGGCCCACAGAAAGAAGACUACAGCAGCCAGCGUGGUCCAGCCCACCCACCACCACCCCAGCCCCCCACUAACCCCCACUCACGGACGAGACUCACCAACUGUGGCCAAGGUGAGUCCUUGCAGCAGAGAGGGCAGCCCCGCCCUGCAGAAGAGACCUGGUCCUCUGCAGACUGAUGGACUCUCAAGUGAAAGCAGCCUGUCUGCACCAGCAUCAACACAGGAGAGCCUCACUGACAACACCAGCGUUACACACACACAUACUGAGACUACAGAAAGAGAAGCUCCAGAGGGCAGUCUGAGUCUAGAAACCAGCAGUAUGAACCAGCCCAGCACCAGCUCAGCCCACCAGCCCACCAGCUCUGAUACUAGUCAACCCUCUUCCCCCAACACCACCACAGAUGUUAACCAGGUCCUCCAGGAGGCCCAGGCCAGCCUGAUGAAGUCCAUCCCUGAUUUGGAUGUGUCAGAUACCAGAGAGGGUCCCUCUGAUUCGGCCUCAGGACAGAUGAACCCCUCUGCAGCAACGUGUGAGCAGGAGACACCUCUGGACCUCACACUGCAAGCUCCACUGGAGGAUCAGGCUGCCCCGUCUGACACCCAGGAACACACAACCGCCAAGCUGAGAGAUGAAGUGAAAUCCACCCUAUUGAAACCCCCAGACACGGCUGCAGCAGCUGAAUCUGAACUUCCUGCGGCUGCUGUCGAGCCUCCUCCAUCAGUUGCAACCUCUUCUGCUCCUUCAGCUUCUCCAUCAGCUUCUCCAUCAGCUUCUCCAUCAGCUUCUCCCAGCACUGAACGGAGCAGCCGGCCUCAGGUGGAGAAACCCCGCCGCUCCAGUGUGGACAAGGAGAUGAAGCAGAGUCCAGACAGGGCUGGGAAGUCUCCUCCUCCUCCUCCUCCUCCACGAAGGUUCCAUGCUGUCAGUUCAGGUCUUACCACAGGAAGGUCAGGAGAGGUGAUCUUCACCACCAGGAAAGAGCCUGUAGGAGCACAGGAUGCGGAUGAGCAAGAGCCGCCUGUGGUUCCUCAGCCCAAACCCCCCAGACAGCCACCAGAGGUCAAACCCAAACCCCAGCUGUGUCCUCCUGCAAUUCUGGCUGCUUCCACCUCCACCCCUGUUACAACCUCAGCACAGAUGGAGAAGGAGGAGGAAGAAGAGGAGGAAGAAGAGGAGGACAAUAAAUUCAUGAAAGAACUGCAGGUGUUUCAGAAAUGCACAGUGAAGGAAGUAGAGAGCAGAGCUGUGCUUGAACUCUCAGUCUCUGAGCCUCAAAGCAAAGAAAUUGAUCCUAAGAUUCAGCUCUGGACAGACAAUCCAUUGUUCAGCUCAGACAUCAGCAGCAGCAGGGCUCCACCACCCAGUCAAGAGGUGACUGCAGAGCCAUCAAAUGAUGACAAUUUGUCAGGUGAAAAUAAGCGAUUGAAAGGACAUGCUGAAGGACCUUCAGCAUCACGGGUGGCCAAUAAGAAUCUUCCUGAGUUUCUAACAUCUGACAGGUCAGCCCCCCAGCCAGGAACCACUGAUGGCUGCUUUGAUAAACAUAUGACAGCCAUUGGACUGGACAAAAGUGGUGACAUUGGGGAGGUUGGUGUGGCUCCUGAGCAGAAGAAAGAUUUUGAGGAGAAGUUGGUUAAACAAGAGUCCAUGUUAGACUGUGUACCACUGGCACAGAUGGAGGUACCCCCACCUGCGUCCUCACAAGUUGUUCACACUGAUGAUGGUGUAAGAUAUGUCCAGAUGAAAGAGGAGAUGCCUAAACUAACCACAAAUCAAGCAGAGAAGAUGAAGUUACUUACAAAUGACAAUAUCCUUAACACUGUGUGUUCUAAUCAGAAAAACAUUGAACAAGAACAAGUUUAUUCCCCAACCACAGCAAAGAAGAAGGUCAGGUUUACAACACUUGUCACUCUUCAAAAAGAAAACGUUGAAACAACUGACAUUGCACGAUCUAACCAGACAAAAGAAAAGAUUGUCAAACAGGUAUCAGCUGACAAGAAGUCAAAUUUAAAGGUAGCUGUAACUUUACAAAAAGAAAAAACCCUGGAGGAUUUCACCCUGGAGUCAUCACCAGAGUCCCGGCAGGAUCAGUCCAUGAGGUCAGUUCAGGGUUGUGAAUCUUCUCCUGUUUUAAAACCUAACUCCGUCUCACCUAACUUGACUUACAGCCACAGCAACAAGCAGCAGAUUCAGGAGGCAACAGUACAGGUAUCCAGAGGCCAAGCACAGAACACAGAAGGAGAAGGAGGUAGCCUGAGUCCAGAUCUUUAUGAUGAUGAGGGCCCACCCCCUCCACCACCAACCAGUAAAAUUAUCCUUCACAUCUCAAAGUCCAGAGUCAGGACCCAGUCCAAAGAGGAGGGCCUAGCCAAAUUGAAUGGCUCGGACAUACAGGAAGUAGAUGGGGAAAGUACUGGUGAGUCGACUUAUCUGGCACAUGAGAACCAAGGUUUCGAGGAUAAUGAUGACUUUGACAAAAAGCCUAUCAUUUUUAUCUUUAAUGAGCCAAUGGACAUUCAGUCAGCUUAUAAGCGUCUGUCUACGAUCUUUGAAUAUGAGGAGGAACUUGAUGAACAUUUUUCUCCAGAGAAUUUUGCAGAUGAAGAGGAGGCAAAACAGGGAGAAGAACAGGAUGGGAGAAAAAUUUGCAUCAUUGAAUCAAAUUCGGGCUUCGGCCUUAAAGACAUUACAGGAAAUGGUCAGAGUUCUCUACAUCUGCAGCAUCAUCACAGACCUUCAGCAGACAAUGGUUCAAUUCCUGACAACAAAGAUCAGGGUAAACCAGAUUUAAGCAAAAAGACAGAGACCAAAAAGAAAUUCAAAUUCAAGUUGCCCAAAAAUAAACUGGCUGCAAUUAGCCAGGCCAUUCGAACAGGGGUGACCAAAUCAGGAAAGAAGACUCUUGAGGUUGUUGUCUAUGAGGAAGAGGAAUCAUCGGACAGCAGGCCAGCAAAAGAUACCAAGAAGCAGAUGAAGGAAUCCAAGAGAUUUGAGAUCAACAGUGCUAAACUAACAGACUUAGAUAAAGCCAAAGCCUGUGACAGAGACAUGCAGGUAUCCUCUCCCAUUGAUACCAGGCACUCCAAGACACAUAGACGGGUAGAGAAGCUCUGCAAGAACACAUAUGACACCAUUGACAGUCUAGAAGAAUCCAUCAAACAGUUAGAAAUCAGUGUGGACAGUAUCACUGCCCCUUCUUCACCCUCCUCCACUGCAUUU